CCGGGUGCGCGGCCCCGGAUGUUGGCUGCUCCCGCUGCUGCCGCCGCUCUCGGCGCUGCUCGGGGCCUCGGCCGCUCGCACCAGGCGCUGUUGGGACCUUUCCCGGGGGGCGGAGACGCACGUAGCGGCCGGGGGCUCGGCCGGGCCGUCCCGGCCUGCUCAGCCUGAGAUUCUCUUUGUGGCCAGAUGGGUUUGUAUGGACAGGCUUGUCCAUCUGUAACUUCAUUAAGGAUGACAUCUGAACUGGAGAGCAGCCUAACAUCUAUGGACUGGUUACCACAGCUCACCAUGAGAGCAGCCAUCCAAAAAUCUGAUGCUACACAAAAUGCACAUGGAACAGGAAUUUCUAAGAAGAAUGCACUCCUUGACCCAAAUACAACUCUGGACCAGGAAGAAGUCCAACAGCACAAAGAUGGGAAACCUCCAUACAGUUAUGCCAGCCUCAUUACAUUUGCAAUCAAUAGCUCUCCCAAAAAGAAAAUGACUUUAAGUGAGAUUUACCAGUGGAUUUGUGAUAACUUUCCAUAUUAUAGAGAGGCUGGCAGUGGUUGGAAGAAUUCCAUACGACAUAAUCUGUCACUGAACAAAUGUUUCCUUAAAGUGCCUCGUUCAAAGGAUGACCCCGGAAAGGGAUCCUAUUGGGCAAUAGACACCAAUCCGAAGGAAGAUGCGCUGCCUACUCGGCCAAAGAAGAGGGCACGAUCUGUAGAACGGGUAACAUUGUACAAUACUGAUCAGGAUGGUAGUGAUAGCCCACGCAGUAGCCUUAACAACAGUCUCUCAGACCAGAGUUUGGCAUCUGUUAAUUUGAACAGUGUUGGGAGUGUGCAUAGUUAUACACCGGUGACAAACCAUCCAGAACCAGUCUCUCAAUCAUUAACUCCUCAGCAGCAGCCACAAUACAACCUUCCAGAACGAGACAAGCAACUGCUUUUCUCAGAAUAUAAUUUUGAAGAUCUUAGUGCCUCAUUUCGGAGCCUUUAUAAGUCAGUUUUUGAGCAGUCACUUAGUCAGCAAGGUUUGAUGAGCAUCCCUUCUGAAUCUUCCCAGCAGUCCCACACUUCGUGUUCCUAUCAGCACUCUCCUAGCAGUACAGUGAGCUCUCACCCACACAGCAACCAAAGCAACCUGACCAACAGUCAUGGCAGUGGCCUCAACACCACGGGCAGUAAUUCUGUUGCACAAGUCUCACUGUCCCACCCGCAGAUGCACACACAGCCAUCUCCACAUACACCCCAUCGACCGCAUGGUUUACCACAGCAUCCGCAGCGUCCCCAACACACGGCACCACACCCACAGCAACACAGCCAGCUCCAGUCCACUCACCCUCAGCACCCCUCUCCACAUCAACACAUACAGCACCAUCCGAAUCAUCAGCAUCAGACGUUAACACAUCAGGCACCCCCACCCCCACAACAGGUAUCCUGUAAUUCUGGUGUUUCUAAUGAUUGGUAUGCAACACUUGAUAUGCUAAAAGAAAGCUGUCGAAUUGCCAGCAGUGUUAAUUGGUCAGAUGUAGACCUUUCCCAGUUCCAAGGUCUGAUGGAGAGUAUGAGACAGGCAGAUCUGAAGAACUGGUCUUUAGAUCAGGUUCAGUUUGCUGAUCUCUGUUCUUCUCUUAAUCAGUUCUUUACACAAACUGGCCUUAUCCACUCACAGAGUAAUGUUCAGCAAAAUGUUUGUCAUGGUGCCAUGCAUCAAACAAAACCUUCCCAACACAUUGGAACAGGAAACUUGUACAUAGACUCUAGGCAAAAUCUCCCUCCUUCAGUGAUGCCACCCCCUGGUUAUCCUCAUAUCCCACAGGCACUCAGCACUCCAGGAACAACGAUGGCAGGCCAUCACGGAGCCAUGAACCAGCAGCACAUGAUGCCUUCCCAAGCCUUCCAGAUGCGGCGCUCCCUGCCUCCAGAUGACAUCCAGGAUGACUUUGACUGGGAUUCAAUUGUGUAGGGCUUGUUUCUGCAAGGCAUCAGACCCCCGCGUCACCUUUCUGUGCAGUUAAGGGAAAGGUUUUAAGAGAAUCCAGUUGAGAAAACAAAGUUGCUAAUCACUUCACCAAUGUUAUCAAAAUUUCUUUUGAAGACAAUCAAAAAGAUUUUAGCUGGAUAACUUACUGCUUUUAUCUGACCCAAACAAGUACUACAUGUUUGUCUCCCUGCCAACUGCCCUAUGUAGCUCCUAACUGUUGUGUGAUUUGGACAGCUUUUUGCAUAUUUGUGUCAGUUUGAUGUUAACCACAAGUGCCAGACUGAUUUUUCAGACAGAGCCUAUUUUGCUGCAAGCAGUUUAUAGAUACAUAUGUGUAAAUAUAUGUACAAAAAUUACUGAAAGACUUCAAUUUUUUCUAAUUGGAUUAUUAUGUCUUGAAAAGAAAGUUACUGUCAGUUUUUAUUCUUGUUAGGCUAUUUUCUGCAGGAUGCUUUUAAUUGAUGUAGGGAACUGAAAGGAAAUAGAUUUUUCCAAAGCUGUUUCCCUUAUUUAAUCUUUUUCAGAAAUGUGGGUAAUAAUGAAUUCUGUCCAAUAAGUCAAGGAACCUGGAGUUUGAUACUCUUCAAACAAUCCAGAGGGGCAUGUUGUUCCUGAGCAGCAUAAAGAACUGACCAAAUUUGUUUUGAUGCUUGGGAGGUUAUAGAGUAUAUGUUGUACCUUGUCAAUGUCUGUUUCCUAAAUCUGCAUUAUGACAGCUCUGAAAUUUGUUUCAAUGGCUAGAAGCUGAGCAUUGCUUGGCUCUAAACAAAUUAAUGCCUCCACAUUCACUUAUGUAUUUAUUAUUCAGAAGUGUUAUUUUAAUAUUUAUUACUACCUUCUGUGAAUGCUCAUCUUCUAUUGGGAUUCACUAAGGAGAAAUGUGGUGUUUGAAAAGCACAGAAUUAUUUUUCGUGAUAAGAGUUUACAGACAAGACAAUCAGAGGGAUAUUGUGUCAUUCUCUUUAUCAUCAAUCCUUUUACCAGGUGAGUGUAUUUCUCUGUCUUAGCAUUCCUGCUGAUUGAGACUUAAUAGCUAAAUAGGAUUUUUCUAGAAGUUGAAUCAAAGAACAUUUGGGCAACAGAACAAUAGGACAGGAUUCAUGAAGCAGGUUUUCCUACUUUCUUCUUUCUGUUUAGGUAGCGCUGGAAGGAGGAUGGAGCUACACAUAGACUAUUCGCCUCAGUGCAGUUACUAAGUGGAUUUUUGUUUCAAUUGUCCUGUGUGUGCAUGACAUUGGGUGGCUUUCUUUGAAAUGAAGCCUACCUUGUAUAGGAGUCUUUAUUAGUUUUUUUGUAUUGUUUCAUGUCAUCUCAUAGUUACUUUGCAUGGAUUGGUUGUCAUAGUUUUAUAAUGAAACUAGAAGAAAUGAGAUUUUUUUCCCUAAUGAAUAGGUUUUGAAUUGAUUCUUUAGAGAAAAAAAAAUGUUUUUUCAUUUUAAUGGGAUUAUAAGUUCCAUCAAAUCAAGGAGGAAUGACUGCUCACUGGUUGCUUUUUAGCACCUCUGAUCUCUAUCAGCCAUAUGCUAAAUCACUUUAAUUAGCCUUAGUGAUUCUUUGGUUGAGUGAUCUCUACUUGAACUAAACAUACAUUUUUUUUGUUUCUGUGGGUGUAUGUAUGUGUGCAUGUGUGUGUGUGUGUGUGCGUUUUUUUUUGUUUGUUUGUUUGUUUUUUAAAUGGAGUGUGGCCUUGAAUGAGUCACUGGGAAGCCAGCUGUGGUAAGGGCUGGUGACAUUGGGGAGGAAGAAAGAGCUUUAUGUUUCUUUGUCAUUUGGACUUUGCUUGUCAUGAAAGGGAAGCUCAGUUCCAGCCCCUUGGAUCAGUGAAAAUCAGAGGAUGCUGGAAAGGCAGCCAGCAGACCCCUCUUAGAAGGAUCAAGGCAAGAUGAGAUGGCAGCCUGCAGAGUAAAAGCUUCAAAACAGGGGGAGUGAUUUUCAGAAGUCUGCUCAAGUCAUUGUUUCCUAGUCACCAAAAUAGCUGUUCUGAAACUGUCUGAAUUGCUUGGGUAGAAAUGUGCACUUUAAACAGUUUGGGUAUUGGAAUGCAGUCUCUUAAACUGAAUGAUUUGGAUAGAAACACCAACAAUGAUUUUACAAAUUUUGUGACGCUAAUUUCUCAUUUGGUAAUCAUUUACUGAUUUGCAGUGGUCAAUAUUUUUGUGAGUAUUUAAAUUUACCAAGAAUGGUCUUGCUAAUGCAAGACCUAGAAAAACUGGCCAUGUUGGGCUUACUAAGAUGGAUUUCCACAACACUUGUACCUUCCUAGGGGAUCCCCCACCCCCGAGCAUAGCCUCACUAAAUUUCCCAGACAGGGCUAUCUGAGAGUCUCUCUACUGGUCAUUUCUGUUGGUAGUUGCUAAUGCAAAAAAGCAAGUUCUGUCUUGGGCUUAGAUUGACUAAAGACUUUGGGGAAAAAGAAUAAUAAAUGCAUGUAAUCAAACGGGGCAUUCUGUCCAGGAAAAUAAUCCGACUGGCAUUUGUGGCAGUUUUUGAAAUGUAAAUGUAUUCAUGUGUGUUCUUGUAAAUAUGUGUCUCUCAAAUGUCCUUUGAAGUGGGAGGGAAACAAUCUGGGGAUAAUUUCAAAUGGAAUAGAGUAUUUUGAUAUUGUUCAUUCAGAGGGUGAUGUGUACAUAUCUAUAUUGUAUAUAUGUGAUGAAAAUGCAUUGGCUUUUUGUGCAAACACAAACUUGCUCUCUGUACUGCUGUUGGACAGUCAGUGUUUUAAUGUUUCUACAGUUUUGCUAUUGCACGAUUUCAUAUUCUGCCUCUAUGAUGAACGGCACCCAUUCUUUGUAACUGUUUAGUGCUGUAAAGAAAUAUUCCAAGUGUCAUUAGGAUUGUUGCUGCCAGACUGAUAUGCAUGAAUGGCACUUAAAAUAAAUAUAUAACGUUAACUCUUAAAACACUGAUUG